AUGGUCCAGCUGAAAUUCAGUGGCAGUACAUCAGAAGAUCAUCAAUUCGUGAGGGGAAUUCCGAUUUAUGCAAUAAGCCAGGUCCUGGAUAAGAUCAUAUCUGCUGCAAAUGGGCCACCUCUUCUCAUAAAUGGUGUCAAAAGGCCUAUGCCACUUGUGAGAAUAUUAGAAGUUGAACUUUAUCCAACAUUACUUUCAAAGGCUCGCAGUUUUGGAUUAAGUGAUGUUUGGAUUCAGGCGCUUGUUAAGAAAGACCCAAUAAGACGGCAGGUUUUACGUGUUAAAGGUUGUUUGGCUGGAUCAAAGGCUGAGAAUCUUUUGGAGCAAGGAGACAUGAUUUUAGCAAUCAAUAAAGAACCAGUCACAUGCUUCCUUGACAUUGAAAAUGCUUGCCAAGCCUUAGAUAAAUCUAAUACCAAUGAUGGCUUGCUCCAGAUGACUAUUUUUCGGCAGGGACGAGAGGUUGAACUUCUUGUGGGAACAGAUGUUAGGGAUGGAAAUGGCACAACCCGUACAGUUAAUUGGUGCGGUUGUGUAGUUCAAGAUCCACAUUCAGCGGUACGUGCUCUUGGAUUUCUUCCCGAAGAGGGUCACGGUGUAUAUGUGGCAAGGUGGUGUCAUGGGAGUCCGGUACAUAGAUAUGGCCUAUAUGCUCUUCAGUGGAUAGUUGAAAUUAAUGGAAAACCAACUCCAGAUCUAGAUUCUUUUGUUAAUGUGACAAAGGAACUAGAGCAUGGAGAGUUUGUUCGUAUUAGAACAAUUCACCUCAACGGGAAGCCACGAGUCCUAACAUUGAAGCAAGAUUUGCACUACUGGCCUACAUGGGAAUUGAGGUUUAAUCCAGACAGUGCAAUUUGGCAUCGUAAUGUAAUCAAGGCAUUAAACUGA